AUGUCUAGUAAUAAAUUAUCACCACUCUUCACCAUUUUGAUCACACCAGAGAAAAAAGCGGAAUCACUAGAAGUCCUGAUAGACUCAGGCGCCACCUCAUCUUUCCUCCACCCCUGUACCGCAGAAGCACUCUGCCUCCCUCUCAUAGACCUCCCUUCACCCCGCACUGUUACUAUGCUCAAUGGGUUGAGCCCCCAGGCUGGCAAAAUUUGGAAGAAGACUAACCUAACCUUCUCCUUUGAUGGCAAACAUAUGACUGAGACCUUCUUAAUUUGUAACACAGGGUCUCAUGCCGCCAUCUUGGGAUUGAAAUGGUUAGAUGCCCAUAAUCCAGAGAUUGAUUGGAAUCAACGUACCCUUUCCUUUCCCCAUGCACCACCCAAACAUGUAGCCAUUGCUGAAGAGGAGGAAGCCAAUCAAAAACCCCUUGAAGGAGUCCCUUCCAAAUACCAUCAAUACGCCAAGGUAUUUGGAGAGGAAGAGUUCAACAAGCUUCCCCCGCACCGGCAUUAUGACAUUGGGAUUGAGCUAACAGAAGAAGGCCCCUUGAACUCCCCGCUGUAUAGCAUGACUGACGCCAAAUCCGCCACGCUCAAGGAUUGGCUCAAGGAUGAACUCAAGGCAGGCAAGAUCCGCCCCAGUAAAUCUUCUAUCAGUUCCCCCGUAAUGUUUGUACCCAAAAAGGAUGGUUCCCGCCGUUUGGUUGUUGAUUAUUGCCGCCUUAACAACCAUACCAAGAAGAACGUCUACCCACUCCCCCGUCCAGACAACCUCAUGGCCCAGCUCUGUGGUGCCAAGGUCUUUACUAAGCUAGAUUUACGUUGGGGUUACAACAACGUACGGGUAAAGGAAGGUGACAAAUGGAAGACCGCAUUCCAAACUAAGUACGGCCUCUACGAAUCCCUGGUUAUGACCUUUGGCUUAACAAACGCACCUGCCGCCUUUCAGCAUUUUAUGAACAAGCUAUUCAAGGAUUUACUGGAUGUAUGCGUCAUUAUUUACCUUGAUGACAUCCUGAUAUAUUCUAAGGAUGAUGCAUCACACACGCAACACGUUCACAAAGUCCUGAAGCAACUAAUGGAAAAUCAACUGUUCUGCAAGGCGUCCAAGUGCACGUUCCACAUCACCUCUGUGGAAUACUUGGGGAUCAUUCUAGACCCAGAGAACCCUAAAGAAGCUACUUCUUUACUUAGCUUGGAAAUUGGGAAAUCUUCCAACACAGACUCUGCUCAGCACCAGAGUCUCAACCUCUUUUCCCCCAAUUUACAACACAGCCUGGACAAGCUCAAAAUCCAGGCGGUACAAGAAUGGCCAGUACCUACCAAGGUCAGAGAAGUCCAAUCAUUUCUAGGAUUUGCCAACUUCCUUUGUUGUUUUGUUGCCAACUUUAGCCACAUGGCUAGGCCGUUACAUAACCUAGUCAAGAAGGAAACGCCGUGGAAGUGGGGCACCAAGGAACAAGAAGCCUUCCAAGGAUUAAAGGACGCCAUCACCAAUGCCCUGGUUCUUUGCCACGCUGAUCCAUCCAGACCCUACUUCUUGGAAACAGAUGCCUCUGGCGCAGCUCUAGGCUCCAUACUCAGUCAACAACAGGAAGACGGCCGUUUGCACCCACUAGGGUUCCUAUCAGAAUCCUUCAAAGGUGCCAAAUAA